AAAAAACAAAUUCUCUCAUAAUGUUGAACUACCCACAAAGCCCACAAAUUAAACCACACAAUCAUAAUUAUGUCCCUAAUUAUAAAAUUUGAAAAAUAUUUUCCAGGCAAUAUCCAACCAACACAAUCUCAGGAAAAAUACUUGAGAAAUUAAGGCAAAAAAAUAAAGGAUUUUGAUUCCUUCAUUUUCGAAUUCAAAAUUUUCUCCAAAUGUCAUGGCUAGCUCGCUCCAUAGCCAAUUCCCUCCGCAUCGACGAUGACGACGACACCACUCUUCCGCCACCAUCUUCGUCGCACAGCCGCCGCGAAAAACCGCCGGCGUCGGUAAUCUCCGUUGAGGAGAGAGAAAAUAUAGAAUUUGAUGGAGAUCUGCGUGGUGUCAAAGAUGAUCUCAGCGAAUUCAAAGAAACCCUUACUCGUCAACUUUGGGGCGUCGCUAAUUUUCUCGCUCCUCCUCCUUGUACAGCUUGUUCUUCGUCUUCGCAUGAUCAUCGUGUUGUUCCUGAGUUGGAUCGUUCGGAAUCGAUUUCGGGCGUUGAAGAUGAUGAUGAAUCGUUGGUGUAUGGUUUAAAUUCAACGGAAGAUGGAAAUUAUUCAGAUAUUGGGGAUAGGAAUUUAGGGAAUUGUGAAUCGAGUUCAAGUUUGCAUCGAUUGGGAUUGCAGAAAGUUGAGGAGGAAGAUGAUGAUUGGGUUAAGGAAGCUGUGGGAUUAACUGAUGAGGUUUUGACAUUUGCUGGGAAUAUUGCGCAUCAUCCUGAGACUUGGUUGGAUUUUCCUGUUGAAGAAGAUGAAGAUUUUGAAGAUUUUCCCAUGUCAGAGUCUCAGAAGAGGCAUGCUCAAGCUGUUGAACACCUCUCACCGAGGUUAGCAGCACUCAGAAUUGAACUUUGUCCGGCUCAUAUGAGCGUGGGGUUUUUCUGGAAAGUCUAUUUUGUUCUUUUGCAUUCGAGGCUUAAUAAACAGGAUGCUGAUCUGCUGUCUACACUUGAGGUCGUAGAAGCCAGAGCAAAGUGGAUGCAAGAGCAACAAAAGCGAACCAAGAAAGAUUCAGAAUGGAACCAUGCUGGCCUCUAUUCUAGAUUAAGUGCUGACUUUGAUGAUAAUAGUACUCCAAGAUCCACGCAGAAUGAGCAUUCAGAGACCUUUUCUUCCUGGACUUUUGCUUCUGAGCCUGCCACUUCUUCCACAGUGGAUUCCGAUGUGGAAAAACAUACAAGUAAUGAGCUGCAAUUUAUUGACAAGUCAAUUAUUGAUGAGAAACAAUUGACAGAUACAGAUGAUAAGAACAUACUUGCUGGCCAAAUGUCCGAGAGACCUGUUUUAAGUUUUAUUGAUGAUGAUGAUGAUAGUGAUGAGUGGCCUGAAGAUGAUUGCUUAGGACAAAGUGGAAGUCUUGUACAUGUUGGAAUUGCAGAUGAGGUUUCUUUUAGCGAUCUUGAGGAUGAUGAUUGUUGUAUUCCUGUUGUGUCAAAACCUUAGUAUAAGGUGUGAUUCUUUGGUUAUUUGAAAGAGGAUUACAUACAGAAUUACAGAGUAUUAAUAUGGGAUUUAUGACAUUUAUCAUCACACUGGCUGUAGUUCCCUUGAUUGCUGGAAAUUCCAAUACUUGUGAUUCCAUGGCCGAGGUUGAAAGUAUAUGGUGUUCUUGACCUUCCCUUGCUUGAUUAUCGCCAAAUGAUCUAUUGGUGAAGUUCUGUUUGUAUGUAACCAUUACAAUACCAGUGUGCCAGCUUGACCAAACGGGCAGUUCUGGCCCUGGUGCUCUUGAGUGUGCAGAUCUGUAUAUUUUUUUUUUUUGUACAAGAUUGAUGGAAGAAUUUAUCAGUUGCAAUAUGUACAUUAUUACGUCUCAAUUGAAGCUGUGAAGCUCUGUAAGCUUAUUCAUUGCUUGCUUCCAUUAUUCAGUUUAUGUUUGGAAGAAAUUGUAAAGUUGUUUUUGUC